AUGGUUGUCCAAGUCAAACCAAAUUCCCACCACUGCAGCAAAGCAAUGGAUGGAAGUCAGCAUGGAGGCAAAGUGGAGGCGAAUAUUCUAUUACUUGGGGCAGAGAAUGUGGGAAAAUCAGCUCUUACUGUACGAUUUCUCACACGAAGAUUCAUCGGUGAAUACGGCGAUAUAGAAUCAAUAUACAAUCACAAUGACAAAAUCGAUGGACGAGAAAUUUCCUUAAACAUAUGGGACUCGCUGUAUCCGCAGAGUUGCGAAACAACGGAAUCAAUAAGCGACAAGCAACUGCACUGGGCUGACGGUGUGAUUCUUGUGUACAGCAUCUGUGACCGAUCCAGCUUUGAUGUGGUGCGGCAGCAGGUGCAGCUCAUCCGUCGGACAAGAAAGCUUUCUGCGUCAGCGCCCAUAAUUAUUGUUGGAAACAAAAGAGACCUACAACAUCAGAGAGCAGUCUCCAGUGAGGAAGGUCGACUCUUCGCCCUCUCCGCAGACUGCGGGUUUUUUGAAAUAUCUGCUGCUGAAACGUACCACGGCGUGCUGUUGGUGUUUCACGAAAUUUUAGAUCUCAUCAAGGAGUCCCGGGCUCUCAAAAAAGGAGUCGCGGGAAUCAAAGGCAUCGUCAGGAGCGUGUCUGCUGUCUUCGGGAAGAAGCGAUCGGAGUAG